AUGCAACCUCUCCUCCGCCCGACGUGGCUCAAACAAAAAUCGCUCCUUCCGUGGCUCCCCCGAACCACGCCGCAAAACUUCGUCCCGCUCCGAAUCGCAACCACGUCCGUCAGAAAUGCUGCGCCCGUAGACGUGCCCAAGAUUGUCAUAACAGCAGGCUCUCAAAAACAUAAUUCAUUGCCCUCGUUCCUUAAAUAUGCGAGGCGUACACGCCUCCCACCCUUAUCCACCGUCUUUGUGGGCACUCAUUAUGAGUAUGUGUCAGCGCUGGCUCUGCAGCGUCUAGGGUUUUCUCUUCUACGAGUCGGGCGCAGAUUUGAUGCUGGCAUCGAUCUCAUUGGUCAUUGGGUGUUGGCGCCGCUGCGAGAACCUCUGCCGGUAAUUAUCCAAUGCAAGGUACGACAACUUACAGCCUCCCCCAUGCACAUCCGCGAGCUGGAGGGAUCCUUCCAGGGAGUACCUCCUAUCUGGCGGAACAAAGCGGUGCUUGGCUUGCUGGUCACAACCAAAAAGGCGACCAAGGGCGUAUUGGAAGCCAUGGGGAAGAGUCAUUGGCCUAUGGGUUUCUUGUUGAUCUCGCAGGAAGGGACCAUUCAACAAUUCUUAUGGAAUCGUGCAGCAUCAGAAAGAGGACUCGAAGGGGUGAGCGUGACUGUCCGACAUACACCGCGGGCGCAUCUGCCCGAGUUUGGACGAUCGAAUGCAGGAGACGGAGGUGCGGGGAAGAAGGAAAGAACAAAACCUGCUGCUCGUUUCCAGAAUUCAGGCACAGAGAAAGACAUCCAACUGACAUGGAUGGGCUCUCCCAUUUUUCCCGACAGAGGAGAUGUGCUCGAUCGAGAGACAGUCAAAUUGAUGGGCGACGUCGUC